GUUUUUCAGUAAACCAGCCUGAAAGGCCCGUCCAGGAAAGAGCUGACGCAUGAAAGCAACGACGUGUCGACAGAAUGAAGUCGCGACGCGUAGCUAAGACUUGAAAACAAAUGUCCAGCUAGUGGCUAAUAUUAGCUUGGUCGGUGUCAUUGGCUACCGCCCUGUUUUUGGCAAACAAACACUCUCUGUCUGUGUAUGUGUUGCACAGGAUGGUAUUAUGGAGUGGGGCCAAGUUCUGCCGGACAGCCUGGUGUUGGAGAUCUUCCUGCGUCUACCCCAUGAAGCUGUGUUAAGAGCUAGUCUGACCUGCAGACAGUGGCUGGCCGUUUCCAGAGAUGAGUUUCUGUGGAGGGCGUUGUUCUACAGCUACUACCGUAUCCCUCGUUCUGUGCCUCGACACCCAGCGGCUGUGUCAUGGUACAGGGAGUUCAAGCGUCUGUUUGACUGCAUCCCCUGUGUGGAGGUUCAGACACUGAGAGAGCACAGCGACCAAGUCCUCCACCUGGCUUUCUCUCACAGGGGUCACAGGUUCUCCUCCUGCUCCAAAGACUGCACGGUUAAGCUGUGGGACACGGAGAGGCCAGAUGGGAACAUCUCUUUGGUGCACAGCUGCAGCAUGCGGCAGUUCAACUGGGGCUAUACUCAGUUCUCCCAGUUCAAUGCAGACGACAGCCUGCUGCUCGUGUCUGGUGUUUACCUCGGCCCACAAAACACCUCCGCUGGGGAAAUUGCAGUCAUCAGUCUGGAAAAUUAUACACUGUUAUCACGGGUCAGGAACAAGCCGUAUGAUGUGUUUGGUUGCUGGUUGAAUGAGACCCACCUGAUCUCUGGGAACCUGCACUGGAUUGGCAACAUGACCUCCUGCUCUGUGCUGUGGCUCAAUAAAGCCUUUCAGGAUAUUGAAUCAGAGAACGUCAACGUGGUCAAACGCCUUUUUAAGAUCCAGAACAUUAAUGCCAGCACCAUCCGCACAGUGAUGGUGGCACACUGCCGUCGGCAUGACAACCCGGACUUGGUGCUGGACUAUGAGGCCCAGUCUCAAGCUCAAAGGCAGAAGGGGCCACAGAAGCAGCACCAGCCCCUCCUGUUUGACCUGGGCAGUGAGGACGAAGACGAGGAAGAGGAAAAGGAGGAAGAGAGUCGGAAGGACGUGAGAUGUCACAGCUUCAACACUGCCCGCCUCCCCCAGCCAAUCAUCUCGAACUUUGAACAUGUCAUACAGAGUCGUAAAAACAUCGGGCCCAAGGAGCUGGCGAUCGAGACCAAGGUGGCUCAGAUAAUGGGCAGAGUCCACACAAAAGCACCUGACUCCAGCCUCAUUGAGCCUUCUGAGUCCAGUGACGGAGAAGAUAAAACCUACUUACUCUUCACCACCGGCAGCCUUACAUAUUCCCCUCACCAAAUCGGUAUCAAGCGGAUCAAACCAGACCAGAUGACGACGAGUGGUCCUGUCCUUGGCGAAGAGCGGAGCUCAUAUGAGUUCUUUGAUUCCCUGGACCAUGUUAUUGAUAUCCAUGGUCACAUUAUUGGCAUGGGCCUUUCUCCAGACCACAGGUACCUUUAUGUAAACAGUCGGGCUUGGCCUGCUGGCUGUGUGAUCUCUGACCCCAUGUCUCCGCCUCCCAUUGCUGAGGAGAUAGACCUGCAUGUCAUCGAUCUGAAGAGCUUGAGGGAGGAGAGAAGAAGCCUGCGAGCUCACCGAGCCUUCACACCCAACGACGAGUGCUUCUUCAUCUUCCUCGAUGUCAGCAGAGACUUUGUCGCCAGCGGCGCUGAAGACAAACACGGCUACAUCUGGGACCGUCACUACAACAUAUGUUUGGCACGCCUGGCACACGACGACGUGGUGAACUCAGUGGCGUUCAGCCCCGCCGACCAGGAGCUGCUGCUGUCCGCCAGCGAUGACUCUACCAUUAAGGUGUGGCGUUCGCCGCGCAUGGUCCGCCUGGCACAGGCCCCCUCUCGCCCAUCCAAGCCCCGCAAACUCCUGUCGUCCUGGCUGUGCCGCAACAGAAACUCCUCGUCUGUCGGCACUGUGAACGGAAAAUCCUGAGUCAGGUUGUAAAACACUCACAAUGGGUGGGAGGAAUGAAGAAGAGUAAAGUUUGACCGACCUGUUUUCCCCUGUGGUGUGUGAAUAUAUAUAUAUGUAUGUAUAUGUAUAUAUAUAUAUGCACUCCAUGUAUGCCUACAGUGUCGUUACAGUCAGUGGUAGUGGUUUAGCUUGAGCUCACACUAGGGGGCACUGUUGCUCCAAGGAACGACACAGUGCUGUUGCGUUGAAAUGUUAUCACAGAUUGUGUGGAACUGACACCUACUUGCACCAGACAGACUUUCAAACCUGGUUCUGUGAGUUGGUUUUUGUCUCUUUUUAACUGUAAUGUGCGUCUGAGCCGGUCAGACACUGGACGUGACCACGGUUCUCAUGUCCCGAUCAUCAGAGGUGAAGAACUUGUCUUGAUCUUUUUGAGUAUAAACUCCCUUAAACCCCCAGUUUUCUGAGAAUUUAAAAUCCAUUAAAAACCUUAAGGGAAAGACUUAUUUAAAGCAGUUUGCCUUAGUUUUAUUGAUACCCUUUUGUUUUGUUGCAGUGUGAAACUGCUAAAAAAGAAAAAUUUCCCCUACAGAUACUAUUUAUCUAAUCUUAUCUAAAUCACUCCAUCCUCUAAAAUCUGUCCCAAAACAAAUUGUACCUGGUUAAAUUGGUUGCACAUCAGAACAAGUGGUGUUACAUUACUUAUUUAUUCAUGUUCCUUUGGGGAAAUAUGGUCAUCAUUAUUUUACAAAAUACAAAUAUAAUAUCCAGAGAACACCUUUGUAAAUUUGGCAACUCCAUUUAAAAGAACAGAUGGUGUAAAAAGGAAUAAAAACUAAAAUAAAUAUAUUAGGGCUGCAACGAUGAAUCGGUUAUUUAUUGAUUUCUAAAAAAAUUGUCAAUUGAUAAUUGAUUCAUCAUUUAGAGUGUUUAAAAAAAAAUUAGAACAAGCUCUGUGUCAGUGUCAUUUUACUUUGGACAAAACAAGACAUUUUCUGACAUUUUCUGGACCAAGUGAUUUGUCGAUUAAUCGAGAAAAGAAUAAACGGAUAAAUUGAUUAUGAUAAUUGUUAGUUGCAACCCUAAGGUAAAUAAAUAAAUAGGAUUUUAUGGUCCUUUCAAGUCAAACAAAUGUCGCCCAAGUCAUACUUCAUGUACACUGUAAAAGCACCACAUGAUGUCGUGACUAAUAUUAUACUUACUUUAAACUAUUCAUUCAGAAAAAGAAAGUGACAUAUAAAGAUGAAGCGGCAACGUAAACCCGCUGCCAACAGUGUUCAAUCUGAAAGUCUUGAAAAGUUUGUGUGUUAUUCUGGGGACUCCCCGCUUAAUUGGAAAUCCUCUUCGAGGUUCUUACACUUUCUUUGGUUCAAAGAAAAGCAAAGAAAAUCUAAACCAUGAUAAUAAACCAGCACCAGGUUCAGAGGCUUAGCCUCGUUCAUUUGAAUUUUUCCAUAACGAUUCAGAUAAUUCAUCGGUUUGUGCCGCAUUGUUACUGUUUUGAAAUGUGCACAGUAAUCCUUUAACUCUCGCCCCAGAGCCCACCAACAAUUUUAAGUGUUGUUUUUUACCCUCGCCCCAUAUUUCCGUCCAUGUCUUCUGCCUCGCCGCCUCAAAUAAAAGUUCUCAAUAAGCAUCA